AUGGCGACAAAGUGUUUGAGUGAUAUGGCGACUAAAGACCAAAAUCACUACAUAUCUCCUCGGCUAUAUUUACUCCACAAUAUCGGCUACAUUGAUCACGCUUUACUGGAAGGCAUAUUGUUUUUCCUGAUAAUAGGAGCACGCUUUUGUCCAAUGGUCCUCCUGAACAUUAAUAGAGAACACUGCUUUGGGAAGAUGAAAAUAGGAUCGCGGAUAGGCCCAGACUAUGGACUAAAGUGGAAUCUAACAAAGCUACUAGAGCGGAGUCAUCUAUGGAUGCAGUUUUCUUUCCUCACUAUAGCUUCCAGAUCCGGAUCUAGUUCAUGUGUCCUCCAUGUGCGAGCAUUAAGAAAGGAGAAAGAAUCCUAA